UGCCCCCUGCCCGCCAGUCCGCCGCCGGCAGCCGCGCGUCUCGCCCGUUGAUGAAGCGCUGAGCCGCGCGUCGCGAGUGAUCUUCAAGUGAUGUCGACUUGUGACUAGUGCCAUGCUCGUGCUGCGCUGUGCCCUCAUCGCGGCACUCCUUGCCGUCGCCGCCGCCGCCUGGCAGGAGAACGUCAGGCCUAAGGUCUUCGCACAAUUAGGAGUUGACGACACACAUAAGUUCCUGGGGAACGAGACACACACAGACUACUUCAGAUUAUUGUUAAGAGACGGCAAUUAUCUUCUGGUUGGUGGCAGAAAUGUGGUGUACAAUCUCAGUUUAACAGACUUAACGGAACAGCGCCGACUAGUUUGGUACUCGCCGGAGAAUGACGGCAAAAUGUGCGUCGUCAAAGGCAAAGAUGAGGAAAGCUGUCAAAACUACAUCCGUGUACUGGUGUCCCUUGGGCCCGGGAGGCUACUAGUAUGCGGGACAAACAGCUUUCGACCCUAUUGCAGAGAGUACAGCGUACAACGGGAGUCCUAUCACAUGGAAAGGGAGAAGUCCGGACAGGCUGUCUGUCCGUACGACCCGGAGCAUAACUCCACCGCUGUUUAUGCCGAUGGGGAACUGUAUUCGGGUACAGUCGCUGACUUCAGUGGCAUGGAACCUAUUAUAUACCGGGAGCCAUUACAAACAGAGCCUUAUGACUCAAUGACAUUAAAUGCUCCAGAUUUCGUGAACUCAUUGGUGCACGGUAAUUUCGUGUACUUUUUCUUUCGAGAAACAGCUGUGGAGUACAUAAAUUGUGGAAAGUCGGUGUUCUCUCGCGUGGCGCGAGUGUGCCGAGAUGACAGAGGCGGGCCCCACCGCUUCAAGCAAAGAUGGACUUCCUUCCUAAAGUCGCGACUCAACUGUUCCGUCGCUGGCGACUUUCCAUUUUACUUCAACGAGAUUCAAUCAACAACUGAGCUUAUAGAAGGAGUAUACGGUGGGCUCAACGCUCAGUUGAUAUAUGGAACAUUCACAACUCCACCAAACAGCAUAUCGGGGAGUGCGGUCUGCGCGUUCAGCAUGCAAGACAUCGCUGACACCUUCGAAGGCACCUUCAAGGAGCAGAGCGCGAUCAAUGCCAACUGGCUCCCAGUUAAUAGUGCAAAGGUACCAGAGCCUCGUCCGGGCACAUGUCACAAUGACUCGAGACAGCUGCCGGACCCAACGCUCAACUUCAUUAAAGCGCAUGCUUUGAUGGACGAAUCUGUCCCCGCUUUUUUUGGGGAACCAAUAGUUAUAAGGACCAGUUUUCACUAUCGAUUUACGCAAAUCGCUGUAGAUCCACAAGUGAAAACACCAGGAGGCAAAGCAUAUGAUGUGCUAUUUAUUGGCACAGAUAACGGCAAAAUCAUAAAAGCAAUCAACGCCGUUUCGUACGACUCCAAUAAGCGUGCAGUGCCAGUAGUAAUCGAAGAGCUACAAGCAUUCGCAGCUGGUUCCCCAGUGCGGGCACUACGGGUAGCCCGCGCUGGCCGAGACGCUGCCAGGCUAAUAGCCGUAUCUGAUAGAGAAGUCCUCAGUUUGAGGCUGCAUAGAUGUUCCAGUGACAAGAUCAGCUCUUGUUCUGAAUGUGUGGCGCUGCAAGACCCAUACUGCGCGUGGGAUAAGCAAGCAGGUCGUUGCCGAGCGUAUUCUCAUGGUGUCAGUCGCUGGCUUGACGAGAAUUCCUUCUAUCAAAGCGUCAGCACUGGUAGUCAUGCUGCCUGCCCUCACAGUAAAGAUGCAGGCGCCGUAGGUGGUUUAAGUUCAGGGCUUUACGAUGACGCUCGGGAGACUAAAGGAGAAGUAAUCAAUAUAGUACAAGACAAAGAUGGAAAAGGGGGCAGUAAUAACAAUGAAGGGCCGGAAGUGUUGGCGGCAGAUCCCCCGCCGGCGGCGUACUCGGUGGAGACGCUGGCGCUGGCCGUGGCGGCGGGCGCGCUGGCCGCGCUCGGGGCGGGCUUCGCGGCCGGCUACGUCUGCGGCCGCCGCUGCAAGAAGGACGACGACGACAACAUGCCCUACCCCGACACAGAGUACGAGUACUUCGAGCAGAGGCAGAAUAUUAACAGGAUUCAAGCAGAGCCGAAGCUGCUCCAACAAGUAGAAGAAGUAACGUACGCUGAGCCGGUGCUGGCGCCGCAGCCGAAGCCGGCGUCCCCCCGCGCCACGCUCCGCAAGCACCCCCCGUACCACCCCCACCACGAAACACUGUUCCAGUUCCAGCCCGACGCGUACAGACGCGACAACUUCGGAACACUCCGCUCUCAUCAGGUUAAUGGCGAUGGGUACAGGCGCGGCAACGACAAUGGCUUCUCGACCACGCGCUCAGUGAAGAAAGUGUACCUCUGAGAAACAAGCGGGGCGGACGCGCGCGAUCAAAUGCAUCACCAUAAACAUAAUACGCACCACCAUCAUACGUUGGUGUCACAGCGCAGCAGCGGCUCGGGUUCAGGGUCAGCGAGCGGUGGCGGGUCGUCGUCGUCGCCGUCUCCGCCGUCGUCCUCGCCGUCACCGUCGGGUGAGCGCCCCCCCACCCCGCCGCCGCCCGCGCCGCAGCCAUGCGCCUACAUCUACCGCAACUAGCGCGCCGCCCCGCAUUCCCCUCACUGGCACGAGUUACUCGCCCCUGUACUCUAACGGACUAACACACUGUUCUAAAUUUAAAAAUGACAUUAUGGACGAUUAACAUUCCAAAUUCGAAAGUGCAUUGUUGUUAUAUGAAUGGCAUUGAAGGUUGCUUUCCCUGAAUCGAAUGAUGACCCUCCCAAUAGUUAAUGUUUCGUGGUAACGACUACGUACAAGAAUGUUGCCUAUUACAUAGUAAUUAAAGUCCAUUUCACAAGCGCACCUCCCGAGUCACUGUUGGGUGCGCUUACAAUGGCACGAAGAUAUAUGAUGUGGAUACUAAAAUAUAGGUCACGAAACUGAAUGUGAUCAGAUACUCUCUUCCAUUGAAUAAAUAUAUACGUACUGGUGAUAAUCCACAAACUUAAUUGAUCGUAUCACGUGAUCAGGAGAAAUGUGACAAAAAUAUGUAUUUUUUUUAAAAGACGGAACAAUAUUAUCGAUUGAUGUAUGUAAGAUGAAUAAUGUAACAAAUUGUAGAUUGUUUAGACUAUACAUAGUUUACAAAUAAUUUAGGUGAAAAUAUAAGUUUUUGUUGGUAACAUGUUGAUGAAUAGUUAAUAUGAAACAGUGUCGCUCAUUGCAGAUUUUAUAUUCACCUAACAUACUUCCUGCCCUAUGGUACAAGAGCUUUGUACACCUAUUCCAUUGUUAUAACCCACGUCAACUGUUUUUGUAGAUAGGUAUAAAAGCUGUACUAUUAUAAAAACUGUAAUGAGGGCAUAUGUCGCUUUUUUACAUACCUACUAUUUGUAGUAUUACGUCAUUAAUUAUAGGAAUGAUUCUCUUAUUCUAAAGUUCUAGCAGUAUAAUACGAGUAUAACUCGACAACACUUAUAACGACACCCGUUGUAAACAUAGUUCGAAGCAAGUAUAUUUCGUUUUCAUGAGAAAUAUUACACGAGUGCAAUUAUUAGUGUUGUCGCGUUAUUACUAGAAUAAACGACGAUUAUAACGUUAUAGUUGAAACCAAUGAACAUUAUGAAACACAAAAUAUGAUAUAAAUUAUAUUUACCAUGUAUAAAUGAUAUAUAAAGUUCUGAUACUUAUUCAUUCAUUAAAAAGUGCUUCUUAUGGGUGUAUUUAGAUUAUUAGGAGAUCGUUUUGAUAAUUAUUCGAUAAUGUUAUAGAUUUAGCGUUUAUGUAUACAUAGAUACAUAGGAUAUAAGAGGGCACUGUGAUGCCACAUUGCCAAUUUAGAUUGUUGGUGCAUCAUAGUAAGGUUACGACGUGUAACUGUGAUCAUUGUGUACAUACAUUCUGUAACACUAAAAACAUUUCCUUUCUAAUCUACUGUUGAUUCUAAAUUUAAAUUUCCAGAAAAGUGGGCCAAACGUUAAAACUCCUUUCUCGAUAAAACAUAGGUUCCUGUUGCUAUUUUAUAUCGUAAAAGAGAUACUCAUGUCUUUCCUAAAAAAAAGCUAACUCGUUUGUA